UGACAAAGUGCGUGCUGUAAAAUAAAUCAAAAAUAAAUUGUUGUUGUUAACACUUGUGAAACAAAAUGCAAAACUCGGCAAUGCAUCAGUUGUUGAAAGUAACAUUGGCUCUGCUGGUGGCCACAACUUGGCGAGUGAUUGUGCCAAAUCUAUUGAGCUAUGAUGAGCAGUAUUUCUUUGAGCAGCUGCAAUGGAUGGUGGUGAAAGUGUAUGCGGCUCUAGUGGGCUUGCUGCUGCUCGAGGUGCAAUUGAUGUACAUGGGCGCAAGUUUGCUGCAGUCGAAGGUGAAUUUGAUGAGCUGGCUGAGCUUGCCAGUGCUGGGGCUGACUAUGCUUGGCAGCUAUGAGUUUUGCAACAAGUACUUGGCGCCGUUGAUUGAUCUAGAGGCAGCUCAAAGGCAGCUGGAGGCGCCGUUCUUUGAUUACAUCGAGCAUGGCAAUGAGGCGUGGCUAAAGCUGCAGCAGCAGUUGGGCUGCUGUGGUCUCUCCGAUCCGCGCACUUAUUUGCUUUAUCUACGGCAAGUGCCAGCGGUUUGCUUUGAUAGUCAGGGCCAGUUAAUUACUCGUGGCUGUGAGGACGUCUAUACCGAUCACUUUUUGCCCUUGCAACAUGUUGCCUACUUCUUGGGCUUUGUGGCACUCGCAUUGCAGGCCUUGAUGUUUUUGUUCUUGCUGCAGCGCUGUCUGCGCAAAUAGCCGCCAACAUUUAUUAAAUUUAAUUUAUUUUUAAACUUAAACACAUUUUGGCCUCGUUGUCAGUUUUAUCUGCGGCUGACAAAGCUCAAAG